AUGGUCACAGGCCGUCCUGUGGCCGAUGCAGAAGUGUCUCUCAGCCUUGCGUGUGGCCGGAAAGACAGAAACGGUCAGUGCCUCGACCCCGACCAGCGCUGCUCGCCCUCGAGGAGAAGAGCAGCUGGGCCUCCAUUUCAUUCACCAUCUGACAUCCAGGGAAAUGCUAGUGGACCGGCAAAGGGCUAUACUGAAGCCCUCGAAACGCGACUCAAGGAGACCGAGCGAGUUCUCUGGAGUCUGCUCUCAGCCUCGCCGACCGAGACGCUAUCUGCAGCAUUCGCGGCGGAAAUGCAGGAUCGAAUGCCGUUGAGCCUUGCCAUCACCACCCUGUGCACCACCGAGGAAAAGAAAGCCGCCAUCGCCCACUGGGAGCGCUUCCCUCUGCAAACUGCCGGCGAGGUGUUGGCUUGGAAGGAAAACGUGCAAUCCGGCUCAAGCUCCGGCUCCGGCUCGGCCAAUGGGCUCUACAACAUCGCUCCGGACGACAGCUCUUACGCACGCGCCGAACCCGAACCACAGGCCCUAACCACUACAAGCGGUCUCGGCUUUGAAGAGCCGCUGCCAGCAGGAGACGAGGACGACACCAUGCAGACAAGCUACUCCGCCCACCCGUCUCUGACAAGUGCGUCCUCUCCUCAUUCUCACACCAAUGUGGGCGAGGGGACAAUCCGACCUCGACAAUCUGCCACAGGCGGGUCUUCGAUGCUGGACACGUCGGCGAAUGGACUGGCCACCGAUCGUGGCUCGGUCGCCAGCAAGUUCGGGCUCUCCAAGGAGUUCCAAGAGACAUUCCUUUGGUGA